CCGAGAUGACGUCAAUGUGGUGAAAACUACUGAGCAUAAAACUGAAGUCGUCUGGUUUUUUAUGGAAGGAAUACGUAAAUGGACAGUUACGGUUCCCAGCCACUAUUAGUACACGUCUAACGGUCAACACACAGAUAACGUUUUGUCCCUAAAGACAGGUAUACGGGAGCUGAUUACCACAAACGUGUCAUUCGGAGCUCGAAAUAUCAGUGGACAUUGUGAAGAACCAUUCACCGUCACGCGACCCAUCUGAACUCGAGCAGAAUUCAACAGACACGAUCCAGUCGCUGGUUCUCUGAGGAAAUGUGGUGUUGGAACCAGACAAAAGUGUAAAAGCAUUUACUACGAAACCAUGUUUCUUUUUUCUUUUCUUUUUUUUGAAAACGGAAUUGUAUCACUGACAAAAACAUGUAUCGCGACAGUACAAAUUACGAUAAGCACAGUAUGAAGAAAGAAAAUAACUGUACGCUGUUUCCGGAAUCGCUAAAAAGCCUCGAAAACGAGGCUUUUGAUGACGCACUUUUAAAUAAAUGCCGUUGUGUUAAGGCAACAAUUACGCAAACAAGCACAGCCAUUCAAGAGCCAAUGAAGAAAAAGAGAAAAGUCUGUAAGGUCUUUCCCAUGAUAUUUGAUUACAAAUUAGUAAGCGAAAACAUAGAGUCAAAACUAGAUCAAAGAGUCGGAAAUGAGAGAUUAAAAGAGGGAAACGUGUGUAAGGUCUUUCCCAUAGAAUCUGAAAACAAAUCAGUAAGCGAAAACAUAAAAUCAAAACUGGAUCAAAUAUUAAAAGAGGAGAACGUAUUUCCUCAGGCAUACUUUGCGAAAGGUUUGGUCUGCGGUACCAAACAAGGAAUCUUGGGCGAUGAGGCUAAUAUAGAUAACUAUUCCUUAGCUCCUCUCAGUACUAUUCUACAUAAUGUGCAUCAGUCUAGUUCUUAUCUACACACCUUUGAUCAGAAUAGUGCUCGUGACCACACACUGACUGAAAGCAACGAUACACAUCUCAACGAUUCGUUCAGCGAUACUGUAGACAUGGAGCCGUAUGAUCCUCUCGAACCAUUUGCGAUCACUGAAGAUGUUCCCCUAGCAUUACGUCGUCAUCAGUUUCUCAAUUCUGGUGAACCUUCAUUUGAAACCCUGGCAUUACACCACGGCCGUCUCCCGAGUUUUAGUGACUGUGCACAAGAAACUGUAGCAAAAGGUCCUCAUUCUACUUCUAGUCGCUGUCCAUGUGGAACACUAGCAUUACCCCGCGAUCCAUUUCCUGAGCUAGUCAAGGAUUCACAUUCCACCGAAUGUCGAUCUGCAGCUUUAUUAUCUAAUCAUGAUUCGCGUCCAGAAUCUUUUAACUGUCUGUGUACAACUCUAGCACUGGGUCACAGUUCACUUCCAAAUUUUGAACAUUGUUCAUCUGAAAGCCUAGCUUUAGCUCAGGACUCUUUUCAAAGUGCUAGAGACUGUCAUUCUGAAGUCCUAGAAUUAGGUCACGGUUCUAUUCCGGGUGUUGGAGACUGUCAUUCUGAAGUCCUUGAAUUAGGUCACGGUUCUAUUCCGGGUGCUAGAGACUGUCAUUCUGAAGUCGUAAAAUUAGGUCACGGUUCUCUUCCCGGUGUUAGAGACUGUCAUUCUGAAGUCGUAAAAUUAGGUCAUGGUUCACUUCCAAAUACUACUGACUGUCCAUUUAGAAGUCAGAUCUUACAUCGUGACCCUGUUGACAGCUGCAGUGAUAAUCAGUCUAGAAUUCACGAGGAACAGUGUGUAUCGUCAAAUGGGCAUCAAAGUCCAGGUCCUUCAGCAUCGUUUUCCUCAGGGUCCAAUAUCUUUAGACCGGUUCCGUCCAAUUUGACUGGGCAGGCUAUUCGCUUAAAAGAGGUGGAAUCACUUGAGAGACUUUCCAACCAACAAGACAGACAACCAUCGAAACGAUAUUAUGAUCCUCCUGUUGAACCGACCCAACCGCUGAAACGAUACUGUAACCUUCCUGUUGAACCGACCCAACCGCUGAAACGAUACUGUAACCCUCCUAGUGAAUCGACUGAAUCGCUAAAACGAUACUAUAACCCUUCUGGUAAAUCGACUCAACCGAUGAAACGAUACUACGACCCUCGUGGUGAAUCGAUUAUACCGCUAAAACGAUACUUUGACACUCCAAGUGAAUCGACUCCACCGUUGAAACGAUAUUAUAACCCGCCUACUGAAUAUACUCAACCGCUGAAACGAUAUUAUGGCCCUCCUAGUGAAUCGAUUCAACCUCUGAAACAAUACUGCAACCUUCACACUAAACGGAAUGCUUCCGGGGGGUGUUGCUGUUUAAAUCAAAAUCGUUCCUACGCGCAAAUGCCUCGGACAUCAAACGACAACUCUGUCAACAGUUUUAAUGACAAAUGUGGAAACCUCCUAAACCGUGGCGUUCAAAGUCUCGGUCAUUUUAGAUCUCUCACAGCAUGGUCGAGGCAGCAAUCGGAUUCGAAGAAGGAGACUAAAAGAAGAAAGAGAUACACUUUCCAAAAUCGAUUUACCAGUUACAGCGCCCACGCCGACUACUGUCGCACGAAGGAGGACGAACUUGCGGUUCAUUAUCUCAUAACAAAAUACCUCGAUAAGGUGGAAUAAAGGCUCAUAUAGAUAGGAUGCGGCGCGUACGUGCGAUGCGGCUAAAAUAAAAUCGAAAUACAUUAGUUCCAACUAUAGCGUCUAGACUGAAUGCGUGCGUGUGCACGUGCCGCAAUGAAAUAAUCGCAUCCAGGUUUAUAUGAGCCAUAACAAAUUUUAGAUGUAACAAAACGGAUAUAGGCUGGUGGUGGGGGCUAGGUGCGAAUCCUACCACCUCACCCACCCACACACAUACACACACAUUGAGACCAAAAAUAUGUUUUACAGUGCAAAACUAGGCUAUUCAUAUAUAGGUAUCCAGAGAUACAAAAGGAUCUGCUAGUUUAUACUCGAACCCCCUAUCGCCCUUGCCAAAAAUGAUGUUAUGAAAUAACAAAUCAACUGGUUUUAUUCGCUGUCACUAAAAUCAAAACUUAAUUUGCAUAUAACUUAGAUGAUGCACAACAUAUAAUUUAGUAAACAAUUAUUUAAAAAAAAUUUAAUCAGGGACCAAAAACAGCAUUUUAAAACCAAAAAGAUAUUGGUCUAUUUUUUGGAGAGCGACUGACAUAACUCCAUCACCCGCUAAUUAUGUCCCUGGGGCCCUAUUUUCGAAGUCAUCUUAGCGCUACGAAAUCGUAAAACCGUCGUAGGUUGUGACGUCACUACAGCACAUGCCAUAGUGACGUCAUAGCUUACGAUGAUUUCACGAUUUCGUAGGCUAAGAUGGCUUCGAAAAUAGGGCCCCUGGACGCCAAACUAGGCAAAUGCAUAAUGAUUAAUAUGACAAAAGUAAAACAUUUUUAAAGGGCUGUCAAACACAAUUAAAUUUAUUAAAUAUAGUAACCCAAUUACAAAUCAUUAUUACACCCUAGACAUUACUCCACGUCACUGUUCUGAAGAUUUUUUUAUCUUUUAUUUCGUUUCUUUUAAAACUUUGUUUUAUAUCUAUUUAAUUGUUUACGUGUUAUAGUCAAAGGGAGAAUAAUGUAGACUAUUCUUCAAUAUAUAAUAUAUAGGCGUACAAUUAUUUGUAAUAUGUAUUAUUUUUGUAUUUUGUAAUCUUGCAUGAGUAGUAAACAGAUUUUAUAU